ACAUCAUCAUCAGCAGAGGCUGGAAAAGGCUUGAGGUACAUACAGAUCAAGUCAACCAAGUAUCAAGAUCAAGAGUUGGUCUUCGGGCAGACAUUGAGCCCAGCAUGGCAGCCAUUUUCGUGCCUGGUCAUUUUGAGCAGCUACAUCGAAUCCUGACAGACGCCAUUGCCAAUCCUGCUCAUGUCUCUCAAUCAAACGAAUGGUAUAUCGCUAUAGAUCGUAGCAGAACCGAAUUGGUAGAUAUCGCUCGAGCAAAAGGUCCAAACGAAGCGGAGAAACGAGAAAUUCAAUCCGGUAAAGUGGUGAUCGAAGGUAUUACUCAUUCACUCAAUGCCGAUUUUGCACAACAAUCCAUCACCCUUUCACAGCAUCUUCAAGUUUCAGAACGUUAUGCUGCUUCACUGUUACAGGCUGGAAUGCAGGCUCGUGCAAAAUGGGGAAGGGGUGCUGUAGAGAUUGCAUGCAUUCUCUAUCAUCGAGAACGCUUGGAUGCUAUUGCAUGUCUUAAAGAACUUAUUGAUGGUGCUGCUACUCUGCAACAAGACGAAGAUGUGCAAGCACGCAAGUUGGGCGCAAAAAUGCAGCAAUUGGUCGAUGCGAUCCUGUCAUCCUCGCCACAAGGAACUACGCUUGUCCAACGUAUCUUGAACGAGAUCAAUGAAACCAAAACAAGAAUGGAAAGAGUACAUCAGAGCUUGAGAGGGGCAACCACAACUAAUCAGCAACCAUCACUUGCAGACGAUAUACAACUACAAAUGCUAAGAAUGCUGAGGAAAGAACGACAAGAUCUGGCACACGUCUUAUACUUGCUUUCGUAUUCCAAAGCGUUAGGAUCAAAUGGAAUAUUGGCCGUCAGCGCUUGGCUUGCCAAUGUGAAGAAGGAGACAGAGUAUAACGAUGCAAUCGUGAUUUAUCUACUCAUCGUUCUGCUCAAUGCGCUCGAAAUCGCCCCUGAAGACGAUGAUGCAAAUGAGUUCGUAAGCUCAUCAUCCAACAAUUUGGGCGAUGACCGCGAUUUCAUCAAAAAAAUGCAUGCUGAGUUGACGACAAAAUCAUGGGGAUCAAAUCAAUUGAAAAGUGUUGCUUUAGUGCAAUGGACGCUGUUCUUGGCCGAGGCCACAAAGCGCAGCCCAAGUCUUGGAAACGAUCUUCGUGUUCACCAAGAUACCCUGCAAAAGCUCUUUAUGGAAGCCGUGCAUGGAGAUGCGCUGUACUACAUUGCUCUUCGCAUACUUGCCUUCCGUCAACGUCAGAUUGAUGCUUUGGAGGGUGAAGAGACCGAUACGACAGAAGUUAAUGCAACUCGGACUGGAGGUGAUUCUGAAGAAGAAGAGAUUGAUGUCGACUUUCAAGAACAUAUUUUACAACAGAUUCAAGAACUCAUCCUCUCUCUCACUUCUGUCAUGUUACCAUUUCUACGUAAGAUGCAGAGGGGUGAAGAAGAUGCAGCAUUUGCAGCCAGCAGAUCAGGAACUGCAGAGCCACCUACCAGACGAUUCGAUAUUGAAGCACUCUUUGAUUCGGUUUCCUUAUUAUGUCGAGCAAGACCUGAAUCUGGAUUGGCAUUCUGGCUUGGACCUGAAGGAAAAGGAACGCGAUUUCUCAAUUGGGCAAUCGAAGUUCGAGAGCCAGGACAUCAACGUGCUUUGUUUGAAAUGCUAGCUUCUAUCAGUGCAGGAAAAGAGAGUGCUUGGCAUGCUCAUACUUUGCUGUCCUCCGGAGAUACGAGCGGAACUGCAAGCGCAGGAGGCUCAUCAUUGCAACAAACACGCUUUGUCUCAUGGAGCAAACUUUUCGACUGGGUCCAGCAAUUCAUCGAUAGCUAUCGAUCUCCCGCAGCAGCAGCUCACCCUGUCACUAGCUCAACAACAGGUGUCAUGACAUCGAACGAAGCUGUCAUACUACGAGGCUUUUUCCGUCUUUUGCGCAAUGUCGUCUUUUACAGCAUCGCAGCCAGAGAAGCACUUUAUCAACAUUCGACAUAUCAAAUCAUUCCCAGGCUUUUUGCAAUGUACACCUGUCCAAUCGCUGUGGACGUGAAAGCGGGCAUUCUGGAUUCUUUGGCUGCUUUCGCUCACGCUUCUGGAACGAAUGCGGCAAAUAUUACCGCCCAGCUAUGGUCAUUGUUGGAGGAAAACUUGAAUGUGACCCACAUGCAUGGGCGCUCUGCCAACAAGCCAACCCUUUCAGCAGCUUUGCGUGAUUUGCAAGCGGUCGAGGUCACCGCUCGGCACUAUCCAGCAACGACGAGCUUAGUCAAUCUCCUCAAAUCGCUCAUUCAUACACCGGAACGAUUGGAUCAAAAGUCUGUCAAAGCACUCGUUGGUACAGCUUCCCCUAUGUUCCACGGGCUAGCACUCAAUCUUGGUCAAGGUCAACGAAGUCCCGGUUUGGAACCUUAUGUGGACUUUGUAGUGGAAACCGUGUUUUUGCAAGCCGGUUCAAGAGAAUAUUCCGAUCAAAGUGAGAGAUGGCGCGUGACGGCUAGCUGUUUAGACUUUGUGGAGCGGUGUUUGAUGUCGUAUGAUCUCGAUAUUCUCAUGAACGACUCAUCCACAGAAACAAUCACCAAUCUCAUCUUACAUCCCGGUUUCAGUGUGAUGAGACGACUUCUCACAAACACAAAGCUACUACAGGAAAUUUUGAGCAUCAUUAAUCCCAACGCUGGCGUGUUAGGAGCACCUUCUGGUUUUGAAAUUGUCAAUACAAAUCAAGCAAACACACUCUUCUAUGCAAGCUGCGUUCGACGUUCAUUGAGAAUUAUUCAGAGAGUAUUGGAUACGCAAGACAUCUUCUUGUACGGGCUUCUCUCAUCGAUAAGCGAUGCUGGAGGACAAUUCGCAUCCGUUGACGUGGCUGCUCGUGUUGGUCUGCUGUCUUCCUAUACGCCGCUGGACGCUUUGCUAUUGCAAUACCAUCAAAGUGUCGUGCAAAUGGCUUUGUACAUCAAUUGUACACGUGAUGAUAUUGCAUUGUUGGCUGUUCGUAUCUUGAGUGGUUUGGCUGCAAGCAAUGCGUUUAGCAAGGUUGACAAAUUUGGUGGAAUGGGUUACAAGCGAGAGAUGAACAGGCUUGUUGGAUUGUUGGAGACAAGUGAUGAAGCAGACCGCAUUCGAGCUGGAUGCGUUGACCGUUUGGAAGGAGCGGAAGAUGAGCCGGCGAGUGAUUUGGGAGAACAAGUGAGGGCCACAUUAGCAUUAAUGCAAGUCACUGACACAGAAGAUGAGGGAGAUGAGAUGCAAAAGCUGCUUCCUGCAACUCUUGAUGGUGGUGAAGCAAUCAGACUUGCAAUUCUCGAUCUUUUGAUUGCAAAUACCACACUUGGAGGAGAUGCGCCCAACAUUGCCCAUUUAUUGCUCGGAUUCGAUUUGCGAGCUGUUCGACCCGAGGAGCAAGUCAUUCCUGAUGCCGAUGCAUUUGAUACACCUCCUUCUGCGUUACAUGCGAUUUUGGCUUUAUUGCGUGUUCCUACAGAUUCUACCUUAUCGAUCGCUCAACGAUCUCCCGCCUUUACGGAGAAAUGCCUUCAACUAAUGACCAACUUGUGUCGCCACCCUUUCACAAGCACGGCAACGAUGCGUUAUUUACGCACAAAGGAAGACUUUUUCGUUUCACAACUAGAAUCACUCUCUCUCGUACCUGUCAAAAGAACAUCUUCUGAGUAUGGUGCAACGGGACAACUGAUUCAGCCUGAUGGCGGACACAUUACCACAACUGUGGAUGCGUUGGUUUCAUCCCUGCAAAUUCGUAGCCAUGUGUUGGGCUUAGUAGCAUUGGAACUGCAUACCCUUUGUGGCGCACAAAUGUGGGCAUCAGCAAAUCGAUUGGUGGGUGUGCUCUUAGGACGUGAUUCUGUCGUUGAUGCAGAGGAUGAUGACAGAAGCGUUGAAUUGGAUGGAGAACGAUUCGAGCAAAGUGGAAUUCGAUUGUUGGAAAUCCUGUCCAGCUUUGAGUUCGAGUGGAGAGACGAUCGGGAGGAACAUGCGAGAGAACCUGUCAUUUUGCAGAAUUUGGACCUUUCACAAGCUUUGAGUCAACGUCAAAAUCGCGAAUUUGAGGUUCGAGCAACAAUCAAUCUCUUAGCAGCUGCACAGAGAGAGCUCGAACGUCGUGGCGAUUUGGGUGAUGCGCAAAAGAGAUUGGAUUUUGUUGGCGAUUCGACAUUGAUUCUCGAACAUGUUGCCUCACGAAAUGCAGCCCGUGUGAUUGCAAUUGCACGUCGAUCAGCAAUGCAAUCAUGGCGAAAUUUACUGGAUAUGACAUUCACACGUGCAUUCGGCCAGAUGGAUAUUGCCAAUCGGGCAAGUAUUAUCCUGGAUUGUUUGUCUGUGCUGCUACCAAGGCUCUACGGUGCCACAAGUGAAAGCGAUCCAGCUUUAUCAGACUUGGCAGCUGGUGCGGUCUUGGGUCUAUUGACGAAAUUGCGACAACACCAAGCUAGAGUGGCAGCCGAGGAGCAGUUUGAGCUCGUCGAACUUCCAGUUGAUAGAUUGGUUGCUAUUUUGCAAGCAUUGAUUGGCGCAAUUAUUGAGCCAGGGACGACAUUGGAAGGAAGAGGUAAUCUUUAUUCAGCCUUGAUCAACUUUUUGCAGCUUGUCAAAGGAACACCUACUGGUGAUCUUGAGACAGACGAAGGAGAUGAAGCAAGCAUUAUUGAUGCUGCCAGUGAAUUCGAUGAAAGUGCAUCUUUUGCUGGCUUUACGUCGUCUUCUCAAAUCGGAGGUGGUUCACGCAAGAAGCGUGCUUCUGCAAUCGAGACACGUACGAAAUCCCUCUUGGCAUCACAAGCCGAACGCUUGAUUCCAGUCAUUGCUCGCGAUGCUUUGGACGCUUCUGAUGUUUGGCGUACGGUCGCAUUUACGCUCUUUGAUCGAUUGGCUGCUUUGCAAGAUGGAUCUUCUUCACGACAAAACGUUGUUCUUGAUGUUUUGGGCAAGAAAGGUUUCCUGAAAAGCUUUGUUGCUAAUAUCCGCGAGAUGGAUAUUGAUUUGCAGGAAGUGUUAAAGGUUGACCCCAGCAGCUUGAAUGCACUGUAUGUGUAUGAAGCUCAGAUGGCAUUUUUUAAUCGUCUUGCACAAUCGAAACGUGGAGCAGAACGAUUGGUGGACGCACGUAUCUUUGAGAUUCUUACGCAAGUGGACUUUUUGCAAGCAAGACCUCACUCGAAUCCAAAUUAUGACACCUUCGAGGAUGGCUUUAAUGACGAUACCUUUUUGCCGGCUGUGAUGAACAGGUAUGAGACUCUACUCGUUCCUGCUAUCCAAUUAGCAGUCAGUAUCUUGUUUAAUUCCUCUUCUCGCGCGAAUGCUGGGAGCGGAAAUAUUUUGUCAGCAUUCAAUGGCGGAAGAACGUCUACUGCAAACAGUCAUACGGUGCCCAGGCAUGCACUAUCAUUCUUGCAAGCACAUCGAAGCACUUUGUUGGUUUCUCUCAAGAAUUUGACCCAGGAUGUGAUCAGUUUGUCCGCCUUAUCGGAGGCACAAUUGGUCAUUAGCAUGUUGGUGUUCAUCUUGCCAAUCCUGGAUGAUGAUGCAUUGUCGCCUUCUAAACCGUUGGCCCAAUUCCAUCAAGCAAUUCUGGCAGCUAGUGCUACGUUCUUGUAUGAACCGCACUGGAAAUCAAGAGUUGUUCCAUUUACCGAGAUGGAAAGGCAAGAGGCGUCUGAGGUGAUUGCUGGAGGAGCAGUUCCCGUCUACGAAGGAGAUGGUGCACAUUUUUAUGAUGCAGGUGAAUCAUUCACAACGCAAUUUGACGUACGUGCCCGUUCUACCGUACAAAGUUUGUUGGGAGCCUUGUUGGCUUAUUUGGAACGUGCAAGCGAAUAUGCAGGCGUUGACGAAUACGGAGGCAAGCGUGUACGACCAUGUUUGACAAGUUCAUUGUACACCCAUUCUGCUCGUGGAACCUCAAUGACGGACGAUUUGGCCGAUCUCUCUGCCACGACAACCGGUCCAGGACGAUAUGGUUUAACGGGAGCGGGAAGGAAUCCACAUGUGGCUAGUCUAGGAACAGCGCUGGCAGGCUUGGAUGAGAAUAUUCGCAGAUGCAAUGAGGCCUUUUCAAAUCUAGAAAAGAUGCAAGGCAUGUUGGACAAUUCUGAAGGUGUUCGAUUGGAAGAAUGGGAUGAAGUAUUAGGAGGCAGUGCAACGGGAGAGGAUUUGCCAGUAGAUAUUUCUGACUUGGCUCCCACACAGAGAAGAGUGAUUGCUAUUCGUUUACUCAAAUCACAAAGGUCAAAACAACGAGCUGAUGUUCGAUUUUACCUAAAUUGUGUGGAAAUGAUGCUGGUUUUGCUCUUUAGACAUUUUGCUUAUUAUAUCGAGCUGGGAAGGAGCAGUAAUACGGUCAUCUCAAACGAGAAGAACUAUUUGAGGAGAAGCAUGACGCCUUCUUUGCAACAAAAUCAAUCGGCAAGUGAGACAGCAGCUUUGAUCAAAGAUGGCAGCAGAAUCACCGGAAAAGUGCUGGAGUCGUUGGAAGGGCUUCUUGGAUUUAUUGUGGAAGAGAAUGGGGUGAAUAAUGCUGAUGAACGAAAGGCAUACAUUGAAAUGACGGCAAGACGAUUGCAAGGCGUUUUGCUAGAAAAUACAGAAGAUGUGUAACUAUUGUACGAAAAAUGAAUAAUGAAGAUAGAAAUUGAAUGGCG